GGGUGAAGGCCGCCGGGACGCUAACAAUGCGCGCAGUGUUGCGCAGCCGAGCCAACGCACUCCGGGACCGUUGCGCAGCUCCGACUGGCCGUGCUUUCACAAUGAGGCCAGACACACUGUUCGCAUUUUUCAGUGCGGGCUGCCAUGGAUUGUGGAUUGUUUGUGCGUGUGUGUGCGUGUGCGUGUGCAUGUUAGUGUGCGCAUGCAGUUUGUAUUAAGCACCCCUGCUUAAAAUUCAGAAUCAGUUACUGUAUUUUUUUAUUUUUAUGUACAUGCUGUCUAUCCCUCUGUCAGUCCUUCAGUCUUUUGUGCAGUCUCUUGCAUGAACAGAGUCUGUGUUCAGGCAUUAUGGUGCGUCAGGUUUCAGCAUGCGUGAGUAUGAUAGGGUACAGCACAUCACAGUGACUGCUCAGGAUCUCUGCAUGCAUAAAAAAUCAUCUUAAAAAAGUCAAAACGAUGAAGACGUGCGCCUAUGUACAUGGGACGGCCCACAGAGUGGAUAUGUCCUGUGGAAACGACCCCUGCACCCCCAUACCACACGGUGUCUCGGUGGGGGGGCGGGGAACCGUGGCGAACGUUUGUCCGGAGUUAGCACGUUAGCACGUUAGCGUGUCGGUCUAUGUUUAGGUACUACGGCGUGCGCGCUGUGGCGUGAUUGGGUGAAAGUGGCGGGUCUUAUCCCGAUUAGAGUGCACAGCUUCUUAUUGCUAUAGAUAGCCCAGCCCCCGCGCUAUGGAAGGCCAGGUCCUGCCACUCAGCCCACUGCUGCUGGCUCAUCACUUUCGGCAGGCCAGUUUGACCCACUUCCUCUGACACGUUAAAGCCGAUCUGGAUUUGGCAGGGAUGCCAUCACCUUGUGUACUGAGAUCCCAUUAGUCCCACGUAGCCACUGGAUUGGCCGAGCGCUUCGCAGCCUUUUAUGACCCUGAUGGUGUUAGAAACAGGAAGUGUGAAACGGGCUUCUUAUCGACCCUGUCGCCUACCCCUUGAGCGGAUGCUACCACUCAGAGGUCCCUUUCAGGGAUUAUAAUGUGUGUGUGUGUAGUGCUUUCUCCUGGAUGCGUUUGCACUGGUGUUUGCGUAACAGGUGCCGCUAGUGACAUCCCUUCAGUCCAGUCCUCUGUGCCCUACUUCGGAUUCGGCAAACAAGUGAAGGCGCUAAACCCUGAGCCGGCGAGAUAACCGCUGCCCCACUUUUGGCUGCAGUUUAAAAACAUUGUUUUAUUUAUAGUAAGACAUCCUGCAUCGAGGUCGAGCACGGACGCGUCAAGCUCGUAUGUACACUGCGUGAGUCCACCGGAAUAAUGGUAUAGUAAUGGCUUUGCAUGCAUCUGGUACAGGACACUCUGCAUUUAAUUGGUGUGUUAGAUACAAAGCCCCGUCUUUCCUUAGUGGGUACACAUGGAGUAGGGCCUUGGAUGCUACACAUGGAGUAGGGCCUUGGAUGCUACACAUGGAGUAGGGCCUUAGAUGCUACACAUGGAGUUGUGCCUUAGACGCUACACAUGGAGUAGGGCCUUAGGUGCUACACAUGGAGUAGGGCCUUAGAUGCUAUGCAUGGAGUAGGGCCUUAGGUGCUACACAUGGAGUAGGGCCUUAGAUGCUACACAUGGAGUAGGGCCUUAGGUGCUACACAUGGAGUAGGGCCUUAGAUGCUACACAUGGAGUAGGGCCUUAGGUGCUACACAUGGAGUAGGGCCUUAGGUGCUACACAUGGAGUAGGGCCUUAGAUGCUACACAUGGAGUAGGGCCUUAGAUGCUACACAUUCAGCAGACUCAUUCUGAGGUCAAUGCAUUAUUGUACAAAAAGCUUCAAGAAAUACGGUGAGCUCCAUAAUGUUUGGGACAGACUUUCUUCUUUUUUUGGGCUUUGUUUUCCACAAUUUUAGAUUUGUAAUCAAUGAUUCUGAUGUGGUUCAAAAGCAGAUUCUCAUAUUAAAGGGUAUUUUUAUACAUAUUGGUUUCACGAUGUAUAGAGUGCAGCAAUUUUUAUACAUGGGCCCCAUAAUUUCAGGGAACCGUAGUGUUUGGGACAAAUGGCUUCAGCGUGGUUUCUGAUUAGCCAGGUGUGAUCAGUUUCUGCCUUAGUGCUGGUACUGUAUAAGAGAGCUUUCAGUAUCUAGUCUUCAUUUGAGGCUUUCAAAUGCCUUUGUCCUUUCUUCAGAAGACUUCACAAACAGAACUAAAGAGGCCACAUUGCAAGAUGCAAACCACUAGUUAUCAACAAAAACGAGAUGACCGGGUUUCAGUUUGCUAAGAAGUACCUUGAAGAGCCUGCAGGGUUCUGGAAAAAGGACCUGUGGACAGAUGAGACUAAGAUUAAUUUGUAUCAGAGUGAUGGCAAGUGUGGAGGCCUAAGGGAACUGCUCAGGAUCAAAAGCACUCCCCUCAUCAGUAAACAAGGUGGUGGGGGUGUUAUGGUUUGGGCAAGUAUGGGUGCCACAGGUACUGGCUCACUUGUCUUCCAUGAUGGUGUAACAGCAGGAGAAUGAAUUCUGAAGUGUACGGAAGCAUCUUAUCUGCUCAAGUUCAAGCAAAUUCCUCCAAACUCACUGGAUGGUGCUUCAUCCUGCAGCAAGACAGUGACCCCAAACUAAAGUAACAAAGCAGUUUUUCCAAGCCAAAAACUGUAAAAUUAUUAACUGACCAAGUCUGUCACCCAACCUGAAUCCAAUUGAGUUUGUGUUUACAGUGCUGACAGGGAAAAAGUUAGGCAACUAGCCCCCAAAACAAGCAGGAGCUGAAGAUGGCUGCAGUACAGGCCUGGCAGAGCAUCACCAGAGAAGAUACGCAGCACCUGGUGAUGUCUAUGGGUCAGACUUCAAGCAGUCAUUGCAAAGAAUAUGCGACAAAAGUACUAAACGACUACUUUCAUUUACCUAACAUUAAUGUGUCCCAAACAUUAUGGUGCCCUGAAAUCUAAGGCUAUAUGAAUAAAAAGCUCUGUAAUUUACACAUUGAGAAAUCAAAGUCUAUAAAAUACCCUUUAAUAAAAGCAGAGAAUGUGCACUUUUAACCACAUGUGAAUUGUGUGAUUACAAAUAUAAAAUUGUGGAGUUCACUGCCAAAUCAAGAAAAAAAUGUCUUUGUCUAAAACCGUUACGGAGCUCGCUGUGCAUGUAACUAACCUUCUGUCUUACUGCCAACCUGUAGGAAUCCACCACAAAUACUGCAGCACAUUCUUUCUGCUAAUUAGCCAUUAGCCCGGGUGACAUGUCCCUGGUCUGUGUGAUCACGUGCACCCGACAUGGCCGCUGUUCUUCUGCCUGUUAGCCUUUCUCUUCAGCUGCUCAGCAGUUUGUGUCGUGACACGGGUCGACAUAAGUCACACGUAAGACAUCUGAACAUAACAGGAAUAUUUCAGGCCAUCUUUGCUCAUAAUUUUUGUGUAUCCGGCGCAUUAACACAUACAAUGUAAGGCUUCUCGAACCGUAGUAUAUUAUACGUAACAUACCAAAACGUUUAGCCAAAGUGGGGACAGCAAAAUUGCGUGAAUAAAGCAGUUGAAGGCAGCCGUCGGCACAAUGCACUGAAUAACUACAUAUUAAUGUGCAAACCGCAUCAAAACCGUAAUCUUUUUGGAUUAAGAGCAGAAGGAUACCUCCCUAGAACUCCUCUGGAUUUCAAACCUGUGACCACCUGUUCAAGCCACUGCUCUACGCCGGCAUUGGACCUGACCAUAGCUACACGCUCAUCUCUCAGAAAAUGGACUGAUUCUGUGAUUGAUUUGUGCUGGAUCAGUGAGGAGCUGAAAGAUUGUUUUCGUUUGGGCUUGGCCAAGGGCGUUUGUGUGACAAAUCCUCGGUCUCUGUUCCGAGCAGGCAUGCAGGAAAGAGCUGUGUGUUCUGGGAGCAUAAAGAUUUCAAGAGUGGAAUGAGUGGGAUGGGUUUUAUAAAGUGGCAUUUACACGACACUUUAUUCUGGACUUGUGUUUUUUUAUGUGCCUGAGAUUCAUCUGAAGUGGAUUUAUCUGAAGUGGGAAUCUCUUUGUUCUCUUAGAAAAAAAUGUCUUGGAAAAUGAAAACCCCUCCUUAGGCUGUGGGACUCUUGGUCUUUGGGCCCUAAGAGAGACACUGGAGCAAGGAAAUGUGGAAUGAUAGAGAGUGAGAGAGGGAGAGAGAGAGAGAGAGGGAGGCAGAGAGCGACAGAGAGGGGGGUGUUAGAGAGAGAGGGAGGCAAGCAGAGAGAGAGAGAGAGAGGAGGCAGGGGUGGAAUACCAAGAGGGGAGAGAGAAGAAAGGAUUGAUGCUGAAAAGAUAGAGAAAAUAAAUGGAAGAGGGAGACAGAGGCAAGGAACUGGCAAGCUGGACUGACCUAAAUUCAGAAUGUGACACAGAAAGGAGUUGAUGUGUGUUUAUGUGUGUUUUUGUGUGUGUGUGUGUGUGUGUGUGUGUGUGUGUUUGUGUGUGUGUGUUUAGGUGUGUGUGUGUGAGUGAGUGAAUGUGUAUAUGUGUGAGUGUGUGUGUGUGUUUUCGAGAGAGUGAGUGAGUGCAUGCACAUUCACUGUAUGCUCUAGAGUAGAUUUCGCAUUGGGCUCUUAUCUAAUCAUUCUGUUUGUGUCUCUCUGUCCGUCUGUGUGACUGUGGUCCUGUCGGUGUGCUCCAUUUUGUGUGUUUUUCUGUGCCUUUUUCUGUGUGCUUUUCACUCUGUGUGUAUGUAUACGUAUGUCCUCGCAUGUAUAAACCCGUCCGUCUAUGCUAAUAUGGGUGCAUCACUGUGUCUGUGUGUGGCUGCAUGUGUGUGCGUGUGCGCAUGGGUACGCGCGUGCAGGUUGCAGUUCCCCCAGUUGGCCUUGCGGCGGCGCCUGGGUCAGCUGAGCUGCAUGUCCCGGCCUGCCUUGCGGCUGCGCUCAUGGCCGCUCUCCUUCCUCUACUACUUCCUGCCCUUUGGGGUACUCAAGCCCCUGGCCAAGGUGGGCUGGCGUCCAACUAGCAGGGUCGCUCUGUACAAGACUAUCCCGACGCGCGUGCUGUCCCGUGCCUGGGGGCGGCUGAACCAGGUGGAGCUGCCCACCUGGCUCCGGAAACCGGUCUACAGCCUGUACAUCUGGACCUUCGGGGUCAACAUGAAGGAGGCCGCGGUGGAGGACCUGCACCACUACAGGAACCUCAGCGAGUUCUUCCGACGCAAGCUCAAGCCUCAAGCCCGGCCCGUCUGCGACUCGCACUGCGUGAUCAGCCCUGCAGAUGGUAAGAUCCUGCACUUUGGGAGAGUGCGCAACUGUGAGGUGGAGCAGGUGAAGGGUGUGACCUACUCCCUGGAGACCUUCCUGGGCCCACACACUUGGGCCGAGACCUUAGGCCUCAACAAGAAUGAAGACGACCUCACCUCCUUCCAGGACCUGCUGGUCACCAAGGAGGGGAACGAGCUGUUCCACUGCGUGGUGUACCUGGCCCCAGGGGACUACCACUGCUUCCACUCGCCCACCGACUGGAGGGUCGCCCAUCGCCGCCACUUCCCUGGCUCUCUGAUGUCGGUGAACCCAGGUGUGGCGCGCUGGAUUAAGGAGCUCUUCUGUCACAACGAGCGGGUGGUGUUGAGCGGGGAGUGGACACACGGCUUCUUCUCCCUCACGGCUGUGGGCGCCACCAACGUGGGCUCCAUCCGCAUCUACUUCGACAAGGAACUGCGUACCAAUGCCCCCCGCUACAGCAAAGGCUCCUACAACGACUUCAGCUACUUGUCCAACAACAACCAGGAGGGCGUGGCCAUGCGGAAGGGGGAGCACCUGGGCGAGUUCAACCUGGGCUCCACCAUCGUGCUGCUGUUCGAGGCGCCGCGAGACUUCACCUUCAACCUCAAGCCGGGUCAGAAAAUCCGCUUUGGGGAGGCGCUGGGGACUAUGUGAUGAGAAGCGGCGGGGGGGGGGGGGGGGGGGGAACUACGGAGACCCCCUUCCCUCCCUCGGGACACACUGGCGGCACCUGGCCGACAUGCUCCUGCGCACACCACCGUGUGACCCGCGAGUGCACACGAACAAACUAACCAACCGAGAUGCCCGUGCCCUCAGGCGCAGCGUACGCUCGCUCAGAUCCAUGCGGUGUGUGUUCACAUGCAGACAUGCUAAAACAAUGGCAGACUCAUGGCAAACGAUGCACGCACCAACACCGUCGCAUUACUACCUUGGGAGUCUCCCCAUUUAUUUUUUUAUAUUUGUCGUUGUAUUAAUUACCCAUCGUCAGUCAGGCACAAUGUAACCAGAACAGUAUGAGAUAUUUUGGCACAUUUAGAUUUUGCAUAAAAUGCCGAUUUGCUUAAUUGUUUUUCUUUUCUUUUUUUUUGUUUACCCAUAAUGCCUUUUUUGUGAUGGAGGUUGUCUGAAACUGACACAAGCAACAGAACACACUGGUGCAAACCACUGCGCAGUCACAGACACUGUCCCUGUUCAGUUACACACAAACACUCUCCCCCGUUCAGUUACACGCACACAUUCUCCCCUGUUCAGUUACACACAGACGCUCUCCCCUGUUCAAUUACACACAGACGCUCUCCCCUGUUCAGUUACACACAGACACUCUCCCUGUUCAGUUACACGCACACAUUCUCCCCGUUCAGUUACACACAGACGCUCUCCCCUGUUCAGUUACACACAGACGCUCUCCCCUGUUCAGUUACACACAGACACUGUCCCUGUUCAGUUACACACAAACACUCUCCCCCGUUCAGUUACACGCACACAUUCUCCCCGUUCAGUUACACACAGACGCUCUCCCCUGUUCAGUUACACACAGACGCUCUCCCCUGUU